GCUGCUGUUUUACACGGCGCGCACACAGGAGCAGGCCGCCAAAUGCCUGACCAGCGUCAAGAACGUGGCGCGCAACUUCGGCAUGAUGAUUGACGAGCCGCGCAAGAUCCUGGUGAGCGAGGACCGCGUCCAGGGCUACGUGCAGGCCAUCGAGCAGAACUUUUCGCCGGAGGCGCAGCUAGUGAUGUGCAUCAUCCCCAGCAAAGACAAGACCAAGUAUGACGCCAUCAAGCAGCUGCUGUGUCUGCGCCGUCCGGUGCCCUCCCAGGUGGUCACGGCCCGGCUCAUCCAGACCAACAAGAACACGCUCGGCGUGGCCACAAAGAUCGCGCUGCAGAUGAACUGUAAACUGGGUGGCGUCCCCUGGGAAGUGAAGAUCCCCAUGAGCGGAUCGAUGAUCGUCGGCUAUGACACGUAUCACGAGUCUCAGCACAAGGGCGCCAGCGCCGGCGCCUGGGUGGCCAGUAUGAACGCCAACGCCAGCAAGUACUACUCGCUGGCCACCAUCCACAAGGACAAGGAGGAGAUCUGCUCGCACAUGCAGAGCAACAUGAUGCUGUCCAUGUGCCGCUACCGUGAGAUCAACGGCAGCUUCCCGACCAAUGUCAUCGUCUACCGCGACGGCAUCGGCGAGGGAUCGCUGCGCUACGUGCACCAGCAUGAGAUCGACCGCAUCAAGGCGGCCAUCACCGAGCUGAACGCCCCGACGCGGCUCUGCUUUAUCAUCGUCACCAAGAACAUCAACACGCGCGUGUUCGCGCAGGGGAGAGGCGGCGGCGUGGACAACCCGCCGCCGGGCACUGUGGUUGACGACGUCAUCACCCGUCCGGAGAGGUACGACUUCUACCUCAUCUCGCAGAAGACUCGGAUUGGCACCGUCACCCCCACCAUGUACAACGUGAUUCUGGACGAGACGAGCUACAUGCCCAAGCACCUGCAGAUGCUCUCGUACAAGCUGGCGCACAUGUACUUCAACCUCUCGUCUACGGUGCGUGUGCCAGCGCCGAGCCACUACGCCCACCGUCUGGCGUUCCUGGUGGGCCAGUCUCUGCACCAGCAGCAUCACCUGGACCUGGCCAACGAGCUGUUCUUCCUGUAGGACGGACAGCGCAGCCAAGAGCGGCCGGUGCACAUUCCUGCCGAUGGCGCUCGACGGCCACCCAGCCCAGUACAACCGGCCACCGGGCCGCCAGCACUGUGUCCGUCUCUCUGUGUGUAAAUAUUUCGGACCGGUCCGCGGGAGGUCUGCCGGAGCGCUCCGCCAUCCGCCAAGUGGUGUCGCGCCUGUACCCCCUCCAGCACUCGGGCAGCAGGGUUCAGAGCUUUUCUGAUGUGGAUUAUUUGCUAUGUUCCUGGACUGAGAAGUGGCGCGGGUAGCGCUGGUCCAGCGGAGCGUCCUGUGUUCGUGGCCGUGUGGGAUAGCACUCGGCGGCGGCUGUUCUGCUCUUAGCCAAGAGAAGAUUCGUUCAUCUAAUAAAUAUUUUCGUGAAAA